UAUCGAUCAUUACUGACAGUAUCAAUUACUGUUUUUGUACUGAUGCAGAUAUUAAUUUUCUUGCUGAAAAUGAAUUUAACGGGUGUUUCAUAUGUGAUUAUGGCUCGUUUAAAUCUUAUCGUUGUACUGCAAUUUGCUAUGGUAUUAGGAUCAAUUUUCUUGUGGCUAAUGCUCUCUCCUACUGAUGAUAAGUUUGUUUUUUUGACCCUUGUGACUUUCUUAAAGCAAAAUUUAAAAUGUCAUCAGGACAUUGCGUGCAUAGCUAUAACAUUGUUUUUCUCUCAUAUCUGCUCAAUUUUUUACUGUGUGGCGAUUGGUAAAGAAUCAAACAUAUUAGCAGUUAUUUCAUUCACGCUAUUUGCAAUUUAUAUUCACACUAUAUUUUUUUUAAUUAUUUACCUCCUGAUGCGUACGAUGUCUUACGUUUUAAUAUUCGUCAUGAAUGACCGUUCAAAUCGCAAUUCUGUUGCUUUACUUGCCAUUAUUUUUGCUGUAUGCGGUCUUUGGGUUGCAAUGUCACCACCUAAUAUACGCUAUGUAACGAUCAAAAUCAGAAAUUUGCCACUAGCGCAGAUAGGCUUUAGAAUAGCUCUUUUGUCUGAUCUUCACGUUGGACCAACUGUAGGUCAUUCCAAUGUUCAGAAAAUGGUAGAUAUAAUAAACUCCAUUGGGCCAGAUGUAAUUGCGAUUUCUGGUGAUCUUGCCGACGGCUUUGUAAAACAGUUGAAAAAAGCUGUCUGUCCUCUGAAGAACUUAACUCCAAGAUAUGGGACAUUUUUUGCAACAGGCAAUCAUGAAUAUCUUCAUGGGAAUGUUAAUGAAUGGUUCACAUUUUUGAAGAAAAUCGGAAUUAUUCCUCUACAUAAUGGAAAUAAAAAAAUCUCAAUUAACGAGAGCGUAGUGUGUAUAGCUGGAGCAGAUGACUUGUUUGCACAAUAUUCAAGGAUUCCUGGACAUGCAAUGAAUUAUAGGAAGGCUUUACGGAGAUGUAACAAAAACGAUACAACAAUUAUUCUUAUUCAUCAACCAAAUGCGGCGCAAAUAAUAUUGAGAGAUAUUGAAAUUGCUGAAAAUGUUGAUCUCAUCCUUUCUGGGCAUACACAUGCUGGGCAAAUGUAUUUAUUCAUACCGCUGGUGUAUAUUUGGAAUGCCUUUUUCCAUGGUCUUUACUACGACAAAACAACUGAAACAUAUGUCUACGUUUCAGCUGGUGUUAAUUACUUUGGCCCUCCUGUAAAAAUUUUAGGUAAAAGAGAAAUAACUUUGAUUACGUUGCUAAGAAAAUAG